AGUUUUCAGUUCCACUGCGCCCGAAGCACCAUUUCUGUACACAUUAUCCCCAACUUAUCUUAUCACUGGGUCCUUUGAUGUCCUACUGUACGCUUCAUUGCGAAAGGAAACACUGUUUCUUCAAACGGUGUUUGAGAAGCACAUUGAAUUUCAAAAAUGUUACUAAGUUUUGUACGGACCAGCAUCAGUAUUAUCAGGGGCUACUGAGUACUCAAACAGUUCGAUAUCAAAAUGAUUUCAUGCUCGAUAAUUUCAUGGAAAACAUGGAAUACCUUCCAAUGAAAACACAAGACCUUUUGAGGGAGCACGAACUUGAUAAAAUUUCGAAUAUAUAUGUAGAAAAAGGCAGUUACCUAGGCUAUAGCUAUGAGAGUGGUAAAUAUCUGUUUCUGGAGCAUGAUGAGUACGGCGAGAAUUUCUAUGUCAUGAAAAUCAACCUAAUAAUAUACAACAAAGUAUCACGAAAGAUUGUAGUAUUGGGCAGAAAAACUACUGUAUGUAAUGUUCAUGAAAAAGGGCUAAUGAAAAUACUUGAUGCUGAUGACGCCGAGGACCGUCUAAUCUGUAAAGGCAUAGAGGAGUUCAUAGACCGGGCACCACUGGACUCCUUUCAAGAGAAAGAUGAAACAUACUUAUUCGUUAAACACUCGAUUCCUCUUAUGUAGCUUAUUCCAAAAUGGACACGAUCGCGGUUUACAAAAUUUGUGAUGUAACCCGUAUGAAUCGACAUACCGUAACCGCAGGCAGGAAUGUUAUCAGUUUAAUGAAACAAGGCUCACUAAUGUUAAAUAAACCAAUCUCUCAAAUCGUGCUGGAGAAUGAUGGAUGCCAAAUAACAAGCGAUUUGGCUUUGGCUGCUUUCACGAACAGUUUAUUUAUGCUACUUAAUGCCGAAGAGAGAUGGACAUCUGAAAAUGUAAAUGUUACAUCGAAAGACACAGACAUUGGUAACGGAGCAGAUAUGUAUUAUGUCUUUGCUGAUCGUACUCGCCUUUCGGAAGGCACGACUGAUUUUGUAUGUGCCAUACAGGACUUAAUGAGUGUGCAUUAUGUGCACAGUUUCAUGUAUUUGAAAAGUGCGGCUAAAUUCCUAGAGUUAGUGCAGGAAUACUUCCUAAAAAUUUUUACGACGAAAGGAUCUAAGUCGAGUGCUGUACGUAUUGGUAAGCAACAACGCACUGUAAAGAAAGUAAUAGCAUCUCUAUCUCAAUACGAGUCACCAAAACAGAAGGAGCCACCUCUCGACCAGAUUUAACAUCCGCUGCCUUUUCGUACCGGAAUAAGUUCAUCGUUAUUUCCUCUAAACACAAACAUUCACUUGUGCCAAGACAUUGGCAUACAAAACUCUCAAAAUGUUUUUUUUUUUUGCAAAAUUUAUAGUAUAAAAUAUUAGUUUAAGGAUUCUUUCUAAACAAGCGACAAAAUGGCAUUCAAAUCAGAAUCACUUUGUAAGAAAAUGUGUAUUAUUCAUAAGUUUUCAACGCAAUUGAUUUUCAAUAAACCUAUAGAAAAUGAAAUAAAAGCAUUUUUAUUUGCAAAAAUGGAAGAAACUCAUGAAACAUAAACAUAACCUCAAUUAAAAUAAUCGAUAUGAAAAUUACGACGAGCUGUAAUUUUACAGAUUCUCAAUUGUAUAAGACGUGUAAUUCUAUAGCUUGAUGUAAUUUUACAUUCAAACGUAAUUUUAUAUAUCAUACGAUGGAGGUCAUUUUGUUACAUUCAGUUGAACGUAAUUUUACAGGUUUCGUUCGAACU